AUUGCGGCUGUCAGCGCAACGAAGCGACGACAUCGAGAAUUCCCAAUUUCGUUCACCAACAAAUUCCCGGUCGACUCUCGAACGAAUCCCUCAAGACCACUGAAACCGGUUCCAAUUGGUUUCCAGUCCUUCGACCGUUAUUUCACCGAGGCAUGCGGCAAUAGGCUCAAAUACCUUUGCGCAUUUGCUGUUGAUCAAGUGGCUCUCGACCAUAAUUUGCGACGGGACCGAUUUCGCGACGUCACAACAUCGAAACAGCUUUCAUUGUAUAUAUUCGAGCUAGCGGGACUAGAAGACUUUUGCAACAAUGAUGAAUGGAAUGGAAAAGUCAGAUUAUGACGAGGACAGGUUUGGUCCUAAGGAGGGAAGCUUGGUCAGCGCUUUCGAUGCAUUCCCCAAAUCGAAGCCGCAAUACAUCCAACGAACAUCGGGAGGUGGAAAAUGGACAGUCGCCGUGUCUAUCAUCUCACUUGUCCUCAUCUGGGGCGAACUCGGUCGCUGGUGGCGUGGCGCAGAGUCUCACAACUUCGAAGUCGAGGCUGGUGUUUCGCGAGAGCUUCAGAUCAACAUGGACAUCGUGGUGAAGAUGAACUGCGACGAUAUCCAUGUUAAUGUCCAGGAUGCGUCUGGCGAUCAUAUCCUAGCUGCUAAGCGUCUCAAGGCUGAUAGGACACUCUGGAGUCAAUGGGUCGACAACAAGGGCAUGCACAAGCUCGGGCGGGAUAGCCAAGGCCGCGUCAACACUGGCUCUGGAUAUAACGAGUUGGGAUAUGAAGAUGAGGGUUUCGGCGAGGAGCACGUUCACGAUAUUGUUGCGCUUGGCAAGAAGAGGGCCAAGUGGGCAAAGACACCCAAGUUCAGGGGCAAUGCCGACAGCUGUCGUAUCUAUGGAAGUUUGGACUUGAACAAGGUGCAGGGUGAUUUCCAUAUCACUGCGCGAGGCCAUGGUUAUCGGGGUAAUGGCGAGCAUCUCGACCACAGCAAGUUCAACUUCUCGCACAUCAUUUCGGAGCUUUCAUACGGCCCAUUCUACCCGUCGCUGGUCAACCCUCUCGACGGCACCGUCAACACAGCUCCCGACAACUUCCACAAGUUUCAAUACUACCUCUCUGUUGUGCCUACUGUGUAUAGCGUCAACUCAAAGUCCAUCCUUACCAACCAAUAUGCUGUUACCGAGCAGAGUAAGGCGGUGGACGAGCGAUAUAUCCCUGGUAUUUUCUUCAAGUACGAUAUCGAGCCAAUCCUGUUGACCGUUCACGAGAGCCGCGACGGCAUCAUUAGCCUGUUGGUCAAGGUCAUCAACAUCAUGAGUGGUGUUCUCGUUGCUGGACACUGGGGUUUCACAAUCAGCGAUUGGAUCCACGAUGUGAUCGGUCGACGACGUCGCAGUAACGGUGGUGUUGGUGUUUUGGGAACCAAGGAGGGCUUUGAUCAGUAGAUGGAUGGAUAAGGAAUACAAGCAUGUAGCAUACAGCGCUGAUACAGAGCCAAGCAGAAGGAGUUAUGGCUUGGGGUUAUAUACAACUGAUUUAUGGAGUUUAGGUUAAAACAUGGGAAUUCGGGUUUAGCAUAAGAGAAUUGAUAACAGAUUUGCAUAAAC